AUAAAACUGCCAGGUAAAAUGGCAACUGUAGCAGGUUGGGGUCGUACGAGACACGGUCAAGCCACGGUACCUUCAACCCUCCAAGAAGUCGACGUGGAGGUGAUUCCAAAUGAGAGAUGUCAAAAGUGGUUCAGAUCGGCCGGCCGGCGCGAAAUCAUACACGAUGUAUUUUUAUGUGCGGGCUAUAAAGAGGGUGGCAGAGAUAGCUGUCAAGGCGACUCGGGAGGGCCCUUAACCCUUUCAGUGGAUGGAAGAAAAACCCUUAUAGGACUGGUAUCCUGGGGAAUAGGCUGUGGAAGGGAAAAACUACCGGGAGUGUACACGAAUAUUCAAAAAUUCGUUCCUUGGAUUGACAAAGUUAUGCAACCUUAAAAACACCAGCAACCAGUGAUGACCGAAAAUGUUUAUUUAAGAAUU